UUCUGAAGCAAGAGAUGUCAAACACACAAACAGUCCAUGUGAGUUUAGGUAUUAUUAAUACCAUUUUAUAGAUGAGGAAACCGAAGCUUUAGAAAAAUUAACCCCAGGUCAGCCAACUAACAAACGCCAUUGAAGGAUUUAAACUUGAGCAUGCCCAAGACAGAAUUCCAGAUUCUUUUCAUUGCAAGUACUGUUUCCAUUACUCCAUACUGUGUGGUGAGAAAUAUUGCAUUUGUACAAGUCAAGUGAUCUUUUGUUCCUACUAAUUAGCCAAAGUUCACUUGAUUAGAACGCCUGGGAAAUGGGGUGUUUGGAUGGUUGAACUGCUACUAAUUUAACUAAAUUAAUUAGAAAUCCAAGGAGCUUUCUUUCGUCUAAAUAAUUUAAACAAAUUAGUACAUAUUGUGGAUGCCCAAUGUGUGCCAUGCACAGUGCUAAGCAAAGGAGAGUCUAAUGGAGAGAUAAAUGUGUUAUAAACUCCUGCUGUUCAGUGUGUCAAAAUGAAGUGGGCUCAUGGGUGUAAAGUAUUAGACUGGUCAUAUAUGGAAAUGCUGUAUUUUCUACAUGAUUUUUCUGUAAACCUAGAACGUCUCUAAUAUGUUCGCUUUGGGAUUUAUGUGCUAGACAAAGUAGUUUUUCUGUGACAUGUACACCAGUAAUUCACUAGUAACUGUUUUAUUUUGAAAUGCAUUAAUGGGAACAUUUUUCUUUGACCCAUGGUUUACUGCUUAUUACUAGCUACUCAUUAUAUGCUGUGAUGGAGAAUACUGAAGUGUGUCUCUAACCCCACAAUCACGCAUAAAAAGUUCAUUGACCACGAAGGAGUUGGCUGGCUCACCUCAGACAUCUUGGGGAACAUUUGUUCAUCACUAACCUUUUCAUUCCAGCUACAAAGGGACCAAACUCUGUCUUUGCAUAAAAUAUUCAGAAAUAAUCCAUUUUUCAUUACAUCCAAGAUGCCAAAAGAAUAAAUAUCACUUAAUGUUUGUAUUGUUUCUAUUCAAGCAGCCAUGGAUUGCAUCCGGAAUUUACAGAGCCAUUCCUGGAUUUAUCCCACUGUGAUCCUCUGUCUAUAUGGAUUUUUCUCCCUGAUGAGACCCUCAGAACCAUUCCUAAUCCCAUAUUUAUCUGGACCAGAUAAAAACCUGACGAGUGCAGAGAUCACAAACGAGAUCUUCCCUGUUUGGACGUACUCUUACCUGGUGCUGCUCUUCCCUGUUUUUAUCCUCACUGACUACAUCCGCUACAAGCCAGUUAUCAUCUUACAGGGCAUCAGUUACAUCGUGACCUGGCUGCUGCUCUUGUUUGGCCAAGGCGUGAAGGCCAUGCAGGCUGUCGAGUUCUUCUAUGGGCUGGUCACUGCCACCGAGGUGGCCUACUAUGCCUACAUAUACAGCGUGGUCAGCCCGGAACACUACCAGAGAGUGAGCAGCUACUGUCGGAGUGUGACACUGGUGGCCUUCACGGCUGCCUCCGUGCUGGCUCAGCUCCUGGUAUCCCUGGCCGACAUGUCGUACUUUAACCUCAACAUCAUAUCCUUGGCCUCUGUCACCGUGGCCUUCCUUUGCUCACUUUUUAUACCCAUGCCUAAAAAAAGCAUGUUCUUUCAUGCAAAACCCAGCAAAGAAGCGCAGACCUCCCCAAGCACAGAGGCAGUGGUCGGUGGAUCUCAGGAGGCUGGUGCACCAGGCUGCACAGAGAAGAAACCCACGUCGGAAAUACUCACCGUUUCAGGGAGUCUGGAUGCUGGACAGUUGAGCAGCCCUCAUCCAAGCAAUGUGAUUGUGAGAGUGUUUGUGCAGUGGUUCCAAGACCUGAGGGAGUGCUACUCCUCAAAGCGCCUUUUUUACUGGUCCCUGUGGUGGGCUUUUUCCACAGCCGGUUUUAACCAGGUUUUGAACUAUGUUCAAGUCCUGUGGGAAUACAAGGCACCAUCCCAGAAUUCUUCUGUCUACAAUGGAGCAGUGGAAGCCAUUGCAACAUUUGGAGGGGCCGUGGCAGCCUUUGCAGUGGGUUAUGUGAAAGUCAACUGGGAUCUCCUGGGAGAGUUGGUUCUGGCCAUCUUCUCUGUGGUCAAUGCGGGAGCCUUACUGCUCAUGCAUUACACGGACAGCAUCUGGGCCUGCUAUGCCGGCUACUUGGUCUUCAAGUCAGGCUACAUGCUCCUCAUCACCAUCGCAGUGUUUCAGAUCGCAGUUAACCUGAGUGUGGAACGCUACGCCCUGGUGUUUGGAAUCAACACCUUCUUGGCCCUGGUGAUCCAGACCAUCCUAACUGUGAUUGUGGUGGACCAGAGAGGGCUCAACCUGCCAAUCAGCAUUCAGUUUUUAAUUUACGGGAGCUAUUUUGCAGUCAUUGCUGGAAUUUUCCUGAUGCGAAGCAUAAGCAUCAUCUCCUCAGCCAAGUGUCUAAGGAGCUCUGCUCUGAGUCAGAAUCCAGUGGAGCCACACCCAGAGGAACAAGGAUGUGAGCAUCUCAACCAGGCUCUAGGCGGGUCCCAGGCAACCCUGAGUGCAGAUGCUGUGGUUCCCAAGGGCACUGAAUGAAAACACAAGAGUGUGGGGUGGACAACAUGAUGUGUUUUGUCAUAAAUUCACACACUUUCCAUGUCUGGAUUCCAAUGGAUCUUUUCAAAACCACAGCAAACCUCAGCUUUAGACCAGAUGUGUGCCCAGUGAUCUGGAUGCAGUUGACAGGGCUCAUCAAGUUGGGGACCCCAGUGGACAGCAGUGACCAAAAAAUUCUGUUUUGAUCUCAGGCAGGGACAUGCAAGAGGUGUGGAAACAAACCAUGUGAAAACGUCAACCAUCCUGAAGUCGGUGUUCCCUGUUUAUGAGCAAAAAUACUAGCUGGAUUGCCCUGUUGCUGGGUUUGGAUUGAUCUCACCCAAGCUAGGAAUACAUAGGAAAUUUUUUGGACAUAUGAACUACCAUCCUCUGUCUUCCAUUAAGUGUAUUUCUUUAUAACUUACAAUUCUCUUGAUAGAAUUACAAGGUUUGGUCCCAUUUCUCAGGCUUUGUCUUCAACCCCAACAAUAAAGCAUUAUGCACGAGCUAUUAUUUGAUAA